AACUGAUUUGAUUCAGAGAUUUUUGAGUCCACUUUCUCACGGUUAGUGCUUUGAAAGAUGCCUGUAUCCACGAGAAAUUCGCCAGAGAUAGAUCAACGGUAUCCAUAAGCGGUUUGAAAUGUCAUUUCAAAAAUUGCUCGCUUUGUUGUUUGUGACUUUCGUUGCUUUCGCCUGCUUUUCUAAGGCCACACUUUUGGGGGCAUUGAAACCUUUGAAUGGCGAUUUUGGCGGGCACAUUGACCUGGUGGACAAUGAACAAUCUGCUUACGAGUUUGGGAGGAAAAUGGGUUUCAAGCAGGCGACCAAACUGAGGCUGAAUCAAGCAUUGAAAGACGACGUCAGAACUGGUCACUUCAAGACAUUCCUGGAUACAUUUAUCCGACGCUGAAUAUACAGGGAGACCCCCAUAUGUGGAUACCUUGACCUGCGGACAAUUCCACAUAGAUUCAUCUAUCUCCAGACAACCGCAUUCAACAAAGUGACGAUUUGCUGAUGCUACUGAUACUCUCGACUCAUUGGCCAUUUCGCAAAUGAACGUCAUCAAAUUUGACUUCGUAUUUUUGGCGCGCAUCUGUCACUGGUUUUCUUGUAUGAGUCUUAUUUUGUGACAUCCAUCAACAAAUAAAGCCGUUAUUCAGCCUGGUAUUGGGUCAUACUUUACUCACCGGUGUAUGUCAAGGAUUUUCAGUUCUUGUGGCAAUUAUUUGUGCGGUUGUCUCUCACAAAAAUGUGGGACAUUGAAAUUAAAAAAAAGGGUAUCCAGGA